CCUGUUCCGGUGGGUGCGCGCGCGCUGCGUGGGCCGGCGCGGCGCGGUGGAGCCGGCCCGCGACACCUUCCGCGCCAUGACGGGGCUCUACAGCUCCAUCCAGCCCGCCGACUCCGUGCACCUCAGCACGCGCACGCACGGCGCCGUCUUCAACCUCGAGUACUCGCCCGACGGGUCAGUGCUGACUGUUGCUUGUGAACAAACUGAAGUCCUGCUUUUUGACCCAAUAUCUUCAAAGCAUAUUAAAACUCUCUCUGAAGCUCAUGAGGACUGUGUGAAUAAUAUCAGGUUUCUAGAUAAUCGACUGUUUGCGACUUGUUCCGAUGACACUACAAUAGCACUUUGGGAUUUAAGAAAGCUGAAUACAAAAGUAUGCACUUUACAUGGUCACACCAGCUGGGUUAAGAACAUCGAGUAUGACACCAAUACAAGGCUACUAGUAACAUCAGGGUUUGAUGGAAACGUGAUCAUCUGGGACACAAACAGGUGCACAGAAGAUGGGUGUCCUCACAAGAAGUUUUUUCACACCCGUUUUCUUAUGAGAAUGAGGCUGACACCAGACUGUUCCAAGAUGCUGAUCUCUACUUCCUCUGGUUAUCUCCUGAUUUUGCAUGAUCUUGAUUUGAAUAAAUCCUUAGAGGUUGGCAGCUACCCGAUUUUAAGAGCUAGGAGAACUACAUCAAAUUCAGAUACAACGUCUACCGGCUCAUCGGGCUCUCGAGCUGCUGGUUCACCCUGUCAGCAGAACGAUUCGGGUGCGUUGUUUGAGAAACAUACCUCACGGCCGUCACAGCGGGAAGGUGGAUCACCUAGAAAUAGUCUAGAGGUUUUAACACCAGAAGUUCCUGGAGAGAGAGACCGUGGAAACUGCAUCACGUCGCUACAGCUCCAUCCRAAAGGGUGGGCCACACUUCUGCGGUGCUCAAGUAAUACAGAUGACCAGGAGUGGACCUGUGUCUAUGAAUUCCAGGAAGGAGCCCCUGUGCGCCCUGUCUCACCCCGUUGUUCUCUGCGCUUGACUCACUGCAUCGAAGAAGCCAACGUGGGCCGGGGGUACAUCAAGGAACUGUGUUUCAGCCCCGACGGCCGGAUGAUUUCGUCCCCGCACGGCUACGGGAUCCGCUUGCUGGGAUUCGACGCACAGUGCAGUGAACUUGUUGACUGCUUGCCCAAAGAAGCUAGUCCCUUACAGGAGAUCCGUUCCCUCUACUCUCACAAUGACGUUGUACUGACAACAAAGUUCUCCCCAACGCACUGUCAGAUCGCCUCGGGGUGCCUUAGUGGACGUGUGUCUCUGUAUCAGCCAAAGUUCUAGGGACAUCCGUUCAUCACCAGGAACUUCAGACGUUUGUGUUAAUAAUUACUUCAGUUUAGUUGAAGUGUGUUCUUUUUGAAAUUGUGUAAAUUCAGAUAAGAUCAUAGUUAUUAUGGUCUGUGAACAYAGCAGUGAGCAGUUGCGUCGCUGGUGCGUUCUGAUGUGCUGCACCCAGGGGCAAGGCUCGUGGUGCUCUUCUCUGCCCUCCGUGCACACCGCUGAUCCCGCACCGUGCAUCCUCCCUCCGGUUGGCUUGUGUAGCAAUACUUGCUGAUCUAUCAUUUAAACGUGACUUGAAGUGGACUUUCCAAAAGAAACGUGGGUGGAGCGUGAGUACAAGUUCAGCCAAAGUCACCCAGGUCUCGCUGGCACCAUGUCCUUUUGCUCAGAGGAACUGGGCUUCCUCACAUAGACUUGGCCUCUUCUCUUGCAGAAGCUGCUAUACAGCAACUGUUAGGUAACAGAGCCGGUUCUGUCCACGCCAGAUUGGUUCCUGCCACAAAAAGAAAAAGCAUUUUCAUUUAUACAUACAAAUUUGGUUAUUUGUGAUUGGCUAGAAAGAUUAGUAAACAUACUGUAAUGUUUUGCUGUAGUUUAAGUCUUUUAGGCUGCUUUUCCCUAACUGUAUAUAUUGUGUUUAUUGCCAGAGGGAAAAGAUUCUGGAUAGAGAUGUAGCUACAUUUUUCUCAAGAGAAUUUAGUAGAAGACAGGGGCAGGGAAUUGAGAGCUUAAUGGGCAAAAAUAUUGCCACAUAAUCACUGUAUAUUGAAUGUUUUUUGUAAAAUGAUAGGUUAGCUGGCCUCUGAGCAAACUGUAUUUCUUAGCUACAGGGGUACUUCUAUUGUGGGAAGCUUUCCGCAUCGUUGAUAAAAAUCUUGGUAACGUAUUUGACACUUAAUGCUCUGCAGGUUCUUUUUUCAGCUGAUAUGGAAUGUUUUUUUGCAGCCAGCAUAGACCAUUGUUAGAGGAAUUUGUCCAGAAAGUGUUCGUGACUUCAUCAAAUUUUUUUUUCUAACAUGUUGUAUGACAGAGAUUAUAAGUAUACUCUGUCUAAAGUAAGACCCAUCUGAAUUUAGCAGGACUUACCACAAGAUGUGAAAAAUGUUAAUGUUUAGCAUUAAUGCACAUAUUAAGUACGAAUGUCAAGUUUUGCUUCUUGAGUUAUUACAGCUAAACCUUGUAAAUGUAAUACAGUUUCUUACAUCCAUAUCAGUUUAUAUUAUUCUCAGCAUUAUAGGUUCUAAGGUAGCUUUGAGUAUUUCACUARGAUUUUACUGACAAAACAUAAUUCUACAGGAAGCUUUACCUAAAAAGGUCUAUUUUGCUGUUUAGGUUCUGUACUUACAGUUUGACAGAACAUGCUUGUUGAAGGCUGACAAAAACAUCCUUUUUUGGGGAGAAAAAAAAAAAGAUGCUUGGGGAAAAAAGGAGACGUUAGUGAAGAUGAAGUAGCUGACGUAAAUACAUAAAGCUGACCAAGCUGACAAUCCUGUAACGUGAUUUUGAGUUUAUGUAGGUGUUGCUCUCUGUGCUCCUGAUGGAGGAGUCUGUGAAACAUAAUGCCUCUUUGAGUGCAAGAAAAAAACCCUUAAGCUUACUUUUUCUGCAGGUGAAUUUCGUUGGCAUUAAGCCUUUAAUAUUGGUAUUGGAAGGUAGGGCUAGUAAAUUAACUCUUCCUUGGGUUUUUGUGUUCAACUGAGUGAUAAAAGACUUAGAUAAAAGACAUCUUAUUCUUGGAGAAGUGUCCAAAAUUUUACAGUCUCAUAAUAUGUUUUUUUAACAGAAUUAUUCUGUGUUUGUCUCUCAGCAGAUUGUCUUCCCACCUGGAGGAGGUGGAAUUUUCCUUUAAGUAGAUGUCCUGAGUUAACUUAAAAUGUAGAGGUAAAUUUAUGAUCUUUCCGGCAACUUGGAUCUAAGAGUGUCCCAUCACAUGCCCUUCGAGCAGUUGUUGUGUUGCUGCAACUGUUGCCUUGAACUCAAAAUUAUAAUGAUGGAAAAUCAUGAACUAAGGGAUAUCCCCUGUUUUUUUUUUUUAAGACACCAUGCCUUGAGUUCAGACACUUAAACACAUAAGUGCUUACAGCUUAACGACUGUAAGACGUUAUUCAUAAAAAUCUUCUUCUCUCCAAGCAAAUUGGCCAAGUUGUGAAAAAUGGGAUCUAAUAACUGAAAAAAAAAGAUUUGGGUAGUAGUGUGGAAUGAUGUCGGUCGACCCAGCCAAUUAGUAAUAUAUAACUUCAUGUGGCAUGUAAAGUGUGUAUGACAGCCUACACAACCGURUGUAAAUUGCAGGCAGCUUGGAUUUUAUUGGUUUGGUAGAAAGACUUUGAGAGAAAUCUGGUUUUCAACAUGAAGUACAGAAAGUGAAAUGUGCAGGUGACAGUUACAUUGCUGGAAAACAAUUUUCUCAUGGAGAGAAGAAACCUAACCACAAUGUGUUUGUUAAUGCCAGGCUAUUCAGAAAUUAAAAGUUAACACAACAAAAACACUGCAGGAAAAAAAAUGCUGGUUACUGGAUUCUUGAAAUUAAUGCAAUGGAAGUGUUAAAUCUGGUGUGAUUAAUCUGGGAUAUAUAGAUAGAUUCUCAAGCAAUUUGAAGUUGUAUUGGAUAUUUCUCUGCUGUGGCCUGUUAGUUUAAAAUAUAUCUGAGUUUAACUGGACUUAUCACAAGAUGUGAUAUCACAAGAUGUAUGUCCUCCAGCUUCCUAUUUUGUGGACCAUGAGGACUGCUUGUUACUUUAAGCUAUGCCUGUUAAUAUGUACCAAGUUUUACUUUUUUAAUGCUACCU